AUGAUGAUUGGGGGACGACCCAAUGUUAGUUUGGUGAUAUGCGCGGUGGUGUUCGGCUGCAUUUUCCUCACAUAUUUGGGCUCCGGAUCUGUUCGCAACCAAUUAAACUCAACUUCGAGUCCGACAAGAUGGGUUUCGUCAAAAGGAAAGCAUGAGAAAUCAGACGUGUUCAACAAGACACUUGGUUUUGAGAAGGUCUUCGUUAUAGGGCUACCGGAGCGUUCCGAUAAACGCGAUGCAUUAACUCUAAUGUCGUCGCUGACGGGGUUUCAGCUAAGCUGGAUAGAUGGUGUACUUGGGAAAGCGAUCCCCGACAAGGCUCUGCCAUUCGGAUGGAACCGCGAGACUAUGUCAGAUAGCAACCUAGGAUCUUGGCGCGGACACAUCAACGCGAUGCGCCGCAUCGUCGAGGACGGAAUAUCGUCAGCUCUGAUCAUGGAAGACGAUAUGGACUGGGACGUCCACGUCAAAGGCCUAUUGGCGCAAUUUGCCGAAGCCGCACGCGCUCUGCAGAAAGGUUUCCACCAGGAUCAGAGGCUGAAAUCGCCCAGUCCGUACGGUCUAGACUGGGAUAUGCUGUGGCUUGGCUCCUGUAUAACGACGUUUGACGAAGACCUGCCUGAGCAUCUUCAGAUCCCGUACGAGCAGCGCGAUGCUCGUAAGAUUCUUAUCCGCAACGACCCAACGGUACCACCAACGGGCCACUUACUAGCCAACGGGUCGUUUAGCUGGGACGACUAUCCGCCGCAGACCCGCAUCGUGUACGUUCCUGGUGAUAAUGUAUGCAGUUUCGCAUACGCGCUCAGCGCAGCAGGAGCCCAGAAGGCGCUACAGUACAUGGGCCUUGAGGGUCAACAAAAGCCCUUCGACAACCAUCUAAGCGACCUUUGCCGGUUGCGCGUCAACGGCAUGCGCUGCGUGAGUAUCGUACCUAGUCUAUUCGUUCACCACCGACCCAGGGGGAAGAUUAGUGGAGACUCGGAUAUCAAUAACGCGGGAGAGGCGGUGCGUGAAGUCGGGUUUACGGAGAAUGUUCUAUAUAGUACGCGCUUGAAUCUGAGGAAUCUAGUCACGGGGUUGGAACCAGAAAAGCAGUGGACGGAUUAG